AGGGUGUGGCUUAAUAAAAGCCUCUGAGAAGCCGCUGAGAGAAGUGUGGGUUAGUGUUUUACGUUCUUUACUGAACCGGUUAUCUGUUUUUAAGUUAGAAACUGAUCAUUUCCUUUGAACAUUUGACAACCCUAAUAAAUAAAUAUAAUUAAAUAAGUGUAUUAGUACCUUGUUUGCUGUAUGGGUUCACCAGACGGACUGACCCAGUUUUCGUGCUAAGUGUCCAGUGGAGCCCAUGACCGAGACUUUGUCCUGGAAUGAGGCUAGAACAGGAAGUCCUGAUGUUGCUCAUCCUGUUUGUUGCUUAGAAAAGGGGCAGAGGCAUGGCCCUGCAGUCGUCUCCAUUUCCUAAUGGGUUUGUUGCAGGCAUCCAUGCUGUGGGAUGGGCAUUCAUCCUGCCUUGCUUCUGGUUUCUUGAUCGCCUCAUUGCUGUGGUCAAGUCCACUACCCUGGAGCAAACCCAGCGACUGGAGCAGGAAUGCUACCUCCACCCACUCAAAGUCUUCUUCAGCUCUAUUAUCUUCUUAAUUCUUUUUCUCGCUACAUCCCCCUUGGCUCUUGUUGGAUUUAUUCUCUGGGCACCUCUUCAGGCCUGCCGCAGGCCCUUUUACUACCAUAGAGAGACACCAUCCUCACCAGAGAAGGAGACACACAGGGGCUUUGAGCUGGUAGGAAAGGCAUCAUUUGGAUUUGCCACAGCCAACCUGUGUCUGUUGCCUGACAGCCUGGCUCGUUUCAACAACCUGGGGCACACCCAGCGCAGGGCGGCUGCCAUCGGUCAGCACAUUGUGCAGGGUGUGUGUCGACCUCAUAUCUGCAUCUUUGUUGACUCCCCCAGCAGCUGUGGUACUCUCAGCCCCUCAAACAGCCUCAUUCCCACAGUUAACUCACCUACAUACGGGGCUACUGAUAGACAAGCACAGCCCCCAGUGAGUCAUCAUUCCGAUUUAGCUGAAGUACAUGUUUCAAUUCCAGAGUCCAAUAGUCACGUGGUCUGUGUGCCCUGUGAUGAUACAGAGGAGCCGUCGUCUGACUUACCUUCUCCCCUUUUCAAUUCCAAUCAGAUUUCCAACCAGCAGGGCCGAGUAGGUCACCGGAGUGCCCCCCGAGCAUUGCUCUCCCAGGGUCUCCACCAGCAGGACGAUAUACCCUGGGAAGUGUCGUCAUUGUUUCCAGCAAAUGUGGACAUACUGUGCCUAGAAGAGGUGUUUGAUAAGAGGGCAGCACAGAAGCUCACCAAAGCACUAAGACCUGUAUUUGGACACAUACUGUAUGACGUUGGUGUGUAUGCCUGCCAGCCACCAUGCAGAUGUUCCUCUUUCAAGUUCUUAAACAGUGGCUUGUUUCUAGCCAGCCGUUUCCCUGUGCUCGAGGCCCAGUACCGCUGUUUUCCCAACGGCCGUGGGGAAGACGCACUGGCUGCAAAGGGCCUCCUUUCUGCUAAGGUGCUAAUCGGGCAGAAUCAGAAACAGAAGAAUGUGGUUGGCUAUUUUAACUGCACACAUCUUCAUGCACCAGAAGGUGAAGGGGAAAUUCGCUGUGAGCAGUUGAACAUGGUUACCAAGUGGAUUGGUGAUUUUCAAACUGCCAACAAACUGCCUGACGAGGAUGUCGCUUUUGAUGUACUCAGUGGAGAUUUCAACUUUGACAACUGCUCACCUGAUGACACCUUGGAACAGAAUCACCAUCUGUUUGAGGAAUACAAAGAUCCUUGCAGGGCAGGGCCUGGAAAAGAGAAGCCCUGGGUCAUUGGUACUCUGCUGGAGCAGCCCACAUUGUAUGAAGAUGACGUAAACACCCCAGAAAAUUUACAAAGAACCUUGGAGAGAGUAGAUCUAAGAAAGCAGUAUAUCUCCCCUCCUGUUGCUGCAGAGGGCUGCCCUUUGGUUUACCCUGAGACUGGUCAGCCGUGGAUUGGUCGUCGGAUCGACUACAUCCUAUAUCGCGAAAGCUCCAUUUCAAAGCACUGCCGAACAGAAGUUGAAGAGGUGACCUUUAUAACCCAGCUGGCUGGUCUUACAGACCAUAUUCCUGUGGGCUUGAGACUGAAUGUAAUUAUGGACUCUGACGGUGCUGAUCAAUGACGACUACAGCGAACACAGUGUCCUAUACAACAAAGGGAACAAAAUAUACAAAAAUGGACAUUGCUCUGAUCUACACAUGCACAACAUUUUGUUUACAUACUUGAAUUUGUGGUUUCUAUGACAAUGUGCUGACCAAUUAGAUUAUACCUCAGGUUGAAUUAAUAUAGAAUUAUUGAAAUUUUUACAAUCACUGUAUGUUUACAAUUUUAUACAUUACACCCCGUUAAGGACGGAUGCAUUGAUUUUGUAAAACAAUAUAUUUUUAGGAUUUUUCA